AUGCUCUGCCAUUGCCUUGUCCUUGCAAGCACCGUGGGGCUGGCCCUCGCUAGCCCCGUCAACCGCUGGUACCACGAGUCUCUCGGUGCCAACUACUUCCAGACCAAUGGUUUCCUGGGCAACCAGCUCGUCUCGUCGUACAUUCUCCCCGACGGCACUCUUGUCGCAGGUACCGCCGAGUGGACGCACGGUAAUGGCUCGGCGGCCAUCAACGACCCGUCCCCAUUUGAGAACCACCCCGACCCAUUCCUCAGCUCUGGAUCCGUUAUCGUCGUCGGGAAGCAGGUGUUGGUCACUAACGCGGGCUCCAACACGUUCUCCGCCUUUGACAUUGACCCGACCGACCCGGCCCGCCCCAUGUACAGCAACAGCUAUCCCUCCGGCUACGAGUUCCCCAACUCCCUCGGCGCCAGCCCUGAUGGUAAAUACGUCUGCGUCCUCAACGCCGGUAGCCAGAACGGUUUCAUCUGCUACGAGUCAUCCGACAGCGGGUGGCAACACAUGCCUACAUGGGACCGUACAUUUGGGCUCAACCUCACCACCCCUCCUCACGGCCCCGUGGGUGGCACACCCUCGCAGAUCACGUUUGCAUCUGACAGUUCGAGAAUCAAUGUCGCCAUCAAGGGCCAUCUGCCCACGGAUCUGAACAACCCCACUGGCAACUUUACGAGCGGCGCCAUCUACGCCUUUAUGGUUACCUCUGACGCGGCCGGCCAGGUCACCCUCGCCGACAAACCCGUUGUGUACGACGCCGGGCUCCCUUUCGGUCUUCUGGAGGACAUGGCCAACCCCGGUGUCUUCUUCGCUCCUGACCCCUCCGCCGGGUACGAGGCCUUUGACUUUGCCGCGAACGCCUCUGUAGCUGGUACGGUUCCAAACCAGGUGGCUGUCUGCUGGGCUGCCCAGAGCAACCUGACGAACAACUUUUACGUUGUCGACAUCGGGGGUAAAGCCAACAUCACCGAGAUUGCCAUCGACUCCACGACCCUCCAGGGAGAGAUUCUCUCCCAACACUCGCUUGGGACCAAUGCCUCGGGCACAGACGUGUCCAUCUUUGCUCCGCCAAGCAUGCCUACCGAGAACUGGAUGUAUGUCAAUGCAGCGGCUUACGAAUCGGUCCACGCCUACAGGAUUACCGCGCCGGGCAAGUUCAGCCUCUUCCAGCGGUACCGCUUCUCGGACCAGCCCAAGGGGACAGUGAGCAGCAAGGGUUUUGCUGGUCAAGCUGUCUACUACAAGGCCUAA